AUGUCAUUCUCAGCCAACCCCUUAUCUCUGAGCGUUCCCGAAUCCGCGUUCGACUCAUGGUUAAGAGACUGCGGCUACCUUGAAAUCCUCGACCAACGAACCUUUGACCUCCACCGCCUCUCCACCACCACCACCACCACCACUUCCUUCUACUCCUCCGCCACCACCACUAGCUCUGCUACCAUAAUCAGUGGUAGAUUCUUUAUAUCGAUUUUUUCAUACAUCGAAACCUUACUCUCUCUCUUCACUUUCAAUUCCUUCUCCAAGCUCACCUCCGACGACUUCUCAGGCGAUACGCGCUCCUGGACUUAUCGAGUUAUUGGUUCUUCUGACUCCUACUUGUUCCCUUCAUCGACCUCUCAGGCUUGGUUGAGAGUCCACGAAAAUGUCAAGCGCUUUCCUCGCAAUUAUGCCUCUCUAUUCAUCCUCUUCUUCGUUUGCUCUGUGUAUCAAAUGCCUCUUGCUCUUGCUGGGAUGAUAUCAUGUUUGGCGCUUUGGUAUCUGUUCGGAUAUUGGGGUGAUCGAUGGGGAUUGGAUCGAUAUCCUUUAUUUCAACUGAACUUGGUUCGAGUUGCUCAAUGUUGUGAGUUUGUUCAUCUUUUGUUACUUCAUUUUCCUUGA